AUGUCAAUGAAAUUGCAGUUGUUUCCAAAAAAAUUACAACUUUUAUUAUUAGAAUGUAUAUCUAUGAUUUGUAAGUCGAAAGAUGCAAUUAUGCUUUAGAUGAAUAAAAUCCAAGGUAGAAGUAUCAUAAUUAUCAAAAGAUUUCCCUCAAUAACAGAAGAUAUUAAAAAAGUAUGUUUACUUCGCAAGAGACGUAGUCAUGAAGAAGAAAAAUUACAUUUAGAAUAGGUAUCUUUUAAUUAUAAUAAUAAUAUUAGAAAUUAUUAUCAAAAAUUUAUAUUGUUGAUUAAGAUGAAAUUUUUGAGAAAUUUUGUUUAUAAGGAUCUUUAGAAGAUAUUAUAAACUUAUUAAUAGAAUGUUCAAAUGGUCUUGCAUUUUCUUCAUAACCAAAAGUUUCAUAUAAUUGUAUUACAAAACAGUAUAUUGUAAAUGAUGCUAUUUGGUUUAAUCCUAAAACAUAUUAGUCUUGCACUGGAUGGAUUACAAAUGAAUUUGAAAAAGCAAUAGCAUUAUUGUAUAAAAUUAAUUCUAUAAUUUAGAUACUAUUAACAUCAAUAAGAUUGUAUUGAAGAAAACAAUCUAAAUAAAGAUGAUGAUCUAAAAAGAUUUUGGAUUCAGGAUUUUGAUUUAAGAACUAAAAUCCUUAAUCAAAUACCUUAGAUUUGUAAAGAAUUUAAGAAUGCUCCAAAAAAAAAGAAUACAAAAUAAGAAGAUAUUUUAUGGACUCAACUCAUUUUAAAAUAAGCUUCAUAAUAAAAUGAUAAAUAAAUAAAUCAAGAUCAAAAUUUUUAAAUGAUGUUAUAAUCAAUUAAUGAAUAGGAUGUUUCUACUAUAAUUAUGAAUAAUGAAUUAGAGAGAAUAAAUUAUAUGCCACUUGAGAAGAUUUUAACCAUAUAGAUAUUAUGUUAAAGAAGGAUAUUGAGAUUGAUAAGAGAUCACUAUAAGGAAAAAUUAAUGAAAGACAUUUAGAACAUAGAAGGUAAGGAAAAGAAGAAACAUGUAGAAUAAAAAAAAAAAUCUAAAAAACACAAAAAGCAAAAAAAUAAGAAUGAAUAAAAAAAAAUUAAUAUGAAUUAAGAUAAAAGUAAUAGUUUUGAGUUAGCAGAUAAGCAAGACACAACUCAAGAUGAUGUCCAUUGUAAUGAAUAUGAAAUAGAUAAAUCGGCUAAGUAAUAUUUAACAAUAUUAUUUAUAGUCCAUGUUUAGAGAUUACUAAAAAUAUUCAAGUGUCUGGAAAUUCAGAUUUAACUUAAAAUACCAUUUUAGAAAUGAAUCUGAUUGAAGAAACCAAUAAAAUACUUGAUACUGAAACAAUUAUAGAAUUAAACAAUAAUAAUUAGAAUGAUGAUGAUGAAAAUUGGGUUGUAAUUACAGCACCUAAAAAAUAAAAAAAUAAAUCGAAAUGCAAAUUUGCUACUUCUUAAGAGGAUUAAUUCAAAAAAUAAAAAUCACUUUAGAAAUCAAUUCCAUCAAAAAUCAAGGAAUAAUCUAUUAAAUCAAAUGCUCAUGAUUAGGAUCUUUUUUCGAGCUAAAAGAGCUAAAAAAGAAAUGCAUAAGCUAUUGAAAUGAUUAAAUAAGAUAUAUUGAUGGUGAAUUAAGAGAAACCUAUAAAACAAUAAUGUUAAGAAAUUACGAAUCCGCCAUCUCAAGAAUUUGUAAAAGAUAAUCAAAUUUCAAUUUAAAAGUUGGAAGAUACUUAAAAUACUAACCAAUCUCCAAAAAUGAUAUAAAUUGUGGAUUUGAGUCUUAAAAUUCAAUAAGAAUCUGAAAAAUUAGUAUAAAAAAAUUGUUAUAUUAAUACUCAAAUGGAUGUUUAAAAUACUUGUUAGAAAUAACCAAUUAAAGAAGAUUAAAUAGAUUGUGUAAUAUUGAAUUAGGCAAGGGCCUUAAUGAUUAAAAAGCUUGAUAUGGAUAUGAGAGAAUUUAAUGAUGUUAUUUUAGGAUAGAAUCAAUAAAUUCUAAAAUUCAGAAGGAUAAUUUAUGACAGAUUAUAAUUUGUCAUCAAUUAUCUAUUUAGAGGUUUCAUUUAUCAUAUAUAAUAGCUAGAUUUUAAUUCUUAAGUUCGCCUUUUCGGUUCAUGUGCCACUGGUUUAGCCCUUCCAGAAAGUGAUAUUGAUAUAGGAAUAACUGGAUUUGAAAUAUGUUCAACAUCUUCUUUAAAUAUACCAAUUCAAAAAUUAACAGAAUUUCUCUAAAAAAUGAGAUGGGUUAAAAAUAUAGUGUAUUUUAAAUUAAUAUACUUUUUUAUAGUGCAAUCACUUCAUCAGCAAUGCCAUUAAUAAAAUUAUAGGUAGAUCCAACUAUUUCAUUUGUAUAAUCUUCCUUACCAAUAGGCUUACCAUACAUAGAUCUUGUUUUAAAGUAAUGAUUCUUUUAUUAAAUUAGUCCUGAUGAAGAUAUUCCUAAAUAGAUCUUUAGUGUUGAUGUUAGUUUCUUUCAAUAUUCAGGUGUUAAGUAAAACCAACAUUUAGGUUUGAUUUCAACAGAUUUAACUUUAUAAUGGUUGUCUUUUUAUAGUGAAUUGAGACCAAUUGUAUUAUUAUUCAAAAGCUUACUAAAGAGAAGAGGAUUAAAUGAUUAAUAUAAAGGAGGAAUCUCAUCUUUUUGCAUAAUUUAAAUGGUUUUAGCAUUUCUAGAAUGCUUUUAUCAUUAAAAUCAAGCUUCAUCUAUUGGUUACACCACAUAUAAUUUUUUGAAAUUUUAUGGGACAGAAUUUGAUCCAAAGACAACAGGAAUAAGUUACAAAGGAUUUAAUGAAAAGUAAUUAAAUUAUUUAAUUAUAGUCCAUUUUAUGAUUUAAAUGAAUUUGAUGAUUAAUCUGAGAUAACAAUUGUGUCUCCAAUCACAAAUGAAAUAAUUAGUUCAGCUACAUCAUUUGUUUUAACAAUAUUAUAAGAUUUAAAGGCAUUAUAUUAAGCAACUGAAAAUGAAAUAACAUUUUUUUAUGAGAAAUUAAAAUACAAUAAAAAAAAGAAAGGAAAGAAAGAGGAGCGAAAUUUAUUUUAAAAGGAAUUGAAUAGACUUCGACCUCUCUUUAGCACUACUGUAUAUAAUAAAACUUGAC